ACACGUGUCACUGAAAGCGAAAUCACCAGUUCCCCGCCUAUGGCGUCCAGCAGCAGCAUCAAUCACGCACAGCCCAGUACGAGCCGCGCUGGAAUGGAGGAAGGAUCACCCAUUCCGGAAAACAUCGCUAGGAUUUCUGCCGACGCCUCGCGUUACCAGGGGAAUAGGCAGCACAUGCCUAUGACCGACGAUACUCGCAACGUCGACGGUGUCACUGACAAUGGCAGCACGAGUUGCGAGAAGCAGGGGUCCAUCAGGAGCAUGGAUAAGGCAACGUCAAGCACAUGUCGCGCUAGCAUGGAGGAACCAUCGGCCAAUCUUGAAGACGGCGGCACGAAUGCUCCUGGAACCGGAAGCAGGGAAGAGCGAGAGUUGUGCAGUGUCUGUGGCAACGUUUCGAGCAGACGGGAUGCCUUACACGAGCACGCCAAGGAAUGCACAGAUGACACAGCCCACAUUUGCAAAGCAUGUGAGCAAUCAUCUGUGAAGAUGUCCAAGUGUGCAGACAACCUUACCGGCAAAAAACACAAAUGUCCAACAUGUGGUGAACAGUUCCACCGACCGGGAAGAUUACCUAAAUGAACAUUACCGCAC